AAGCUUCUAUUCAAGCUGCUUCUACAGCUCGUGCGCUGCGCCAAUGCUCUGGACUCCGAACCAAACGACCCGCAGAAACCCUCUUCUACCUCGGACAGCCAGCAGCAGCAGGAGAAGGAGAAGGAGAAGGAGAAAGAUUUGGGAAUGACAACCCUAGUCCCGGAGCACUUAAGCCCGGACAUCUGCGGGAAAUACCAGGGCCUUUUCCGUGGUGCGGGGCUGGACGAAGUGGUGGAGUCCGGUUUAAAUGUCCUGAGCCGCUUGGAGAACCACGGAUCAUCACCUGGACACGUGGACAACCUCCACGUGGACGAGGCCCACGUGGACAGCGGUGACGUGGACACAGCUGCCAGUGUAACUCCCCCCAAUGAGGUUGCCGAUGCGGUUGCUGGCGCAGCUUCCAAUGUAACGUCUUCCGAUGAGGGUGGUUCGAAGUCAGUUUGUGCGCCUCCUAAGCCAGUGGAGGAGCAGGUGGUGGAGUGGUCUUACAAAGCAGCGAGUCUGCUUUUAAGGAAGUACAAGGAGCUGGAGCUGUUCAAGAAAAUGGUGGAAAAAUCAGC